AUGAUUCUGUUUGUGUAUCUCCUGAGCUGUCUUGGAGAGAUAGUGGAGCAGUGCAAGCCGAUCAACGAAGGAUAUGUGCUCAGUAAGUACUUUACGCAGUGGUGUCCUGCAUGCCAGAAGAUGGGGCCGCUGAUUGAGGAAAUUAGCAACAAGAUAGACCGGCACGGAGCAAAUCUAAGGAUCAGGAGUGUUGACUGCGAUGAGUGCACCUGCACAAACGUCAAGAGCUAUCCAACACUUGAGCUGUCGAAAGACGGCGAGGUGCUGGGGAGAUUGGAGGGUGCACAGGACUACGAUGCAAUGGUUGAGUUUAUUGUGAGCCACACCAGAGUUGAGAAAGGCGUGUUUGAUGGGCAUGUCAUGCAGAAGGAUGCUGCAGUCAAGAGUUUAACGAAGAGCGACUUCCUGAGUGGGUUUGAUGGGCCGCACGUUGUUCUGUUCUACUCUCGGGAGGAUGAUAAGUAUAGAGAGAUGUUCAAGGAGCUUGCAAAGAUCUACGACGGAAAGCUAAGUCUUGGAGAGAUCGACAGUGCCGAGUCUUCAGAGCUUGUCAACAGAUAUGACAUCAGGUCAUACCCCUCGAUAUCCGGGAUCUUCAACGGACUGGUUGUUCCCUUCAUCGAGAAGGAGAAGACACCCAGCAUGGCCAGCCUGAUUGAAUUCUGCGACAAACUUAUUGAGCCAUCGUUCCGGAACCUGACUCUCAGCAAGUUCGACGAGGUGGCAUCGAAGCUCGAGCCGGGAGAGCCCAUCUAUGUUGUGUUCCACAAGAACCUUGCCCUGGCCAGUGCAUACUUCCAGAGGAUGGCGCACAUGUACAAGUUCAGGGCCAGCAUAUACAGAUCCGACGACCAGGCCUUGUUUGAAAGGGCAUCGAUAUUCCCUAAGGAGCUCGGAGCCGGGUCGGACCCAUCCACUAGCCCAAGCCACGAGGAUGCCGUGAUUCUUUCUGUGUACAAGAACGGCAUCUUCUACAGGUACUCGGAUACCUUUGGAGAUGAAGCAAAGAUAACAGACUGGAUAUUCCAUACGCACUACAAGUACUUGACAAAGAUUGACAACCACAACUUCUACUCCAUAUUCCAUGGCCUCAAGCCUGCAAUGAUACUCCUAACAAGAGGAGAGGAGUUCGUGGACAGGAUGAAUGAGUUUAGUGCAGAUAGACACCUUGGGACUCCAUACACAGAUAUGAUCUUUGCCACCAUGGAGAUUGAUGAAUACCCCCUGUUCAUCCCGACGCUACUCCCAAAGCUCUCUACUCCUGCACUGAUUGUGUUUGAGCCCUGGGUAAAUCUAUUCCGCCACAAGAAGGUCAAGCUCACAGAGGCCAACUUCACCUCUGCAGCAAUGGAUGCAUACAACUUGUACCAGAGCAACAGCCUUCCGCUUUACCCUCCAAAGCCCCGCACUCUUCUGAGAUACUGCAUGCUUGGAGGGCUGGUUCUUGGGAUUGGGCUGUACUGCUCCUCCAGGACAAGCUUUGCAAAGAAGAAUAAAUAA